ACAAAAAGUUGUUAAUUUUUAUAUUUUCUAACUUUUUAAUAACUACAAUUUAAAAAUAUUAAUAGAAUAAUUAUUCUAUUAAUAUCUUCAAACUAAUAAAAUUAAUUAGAAUUAAUUUUUUUCAAAAAAAUAUAGCUAUAUUUUAUCUAUAUACUUGUUAUCUAUCUAUAUACGUGUUAUAAUAUAUGUAAUAUUCUUUACAGCAUGUAUGUAUAAUAUAACUACUAUAAUAUAUAUAAUAUAACAUAAUUUGCAUAAAUUGAAAUUAUGAAUUGGUAUAUAAUUUUAUUAUGUAUAAUAAUUUUUGAGAAAGGAAUUUGUUUUCAAAAUUGUAAACCAAAUAUAGCAAUUAUUGGAGGUGGUAUUGGUGGUGCAGCAAGUUCUCACUUUCUUGCAGAAUUAUUUGAAAAUAAUCUUAAUAUCGAUUUAUAUGAAGCAAAAACUAUCGGUGGACGUUUGGCUACAAUAAAAAUUAAUAAUAAUGAAUUUGAAGCUGGAGGUUCAAUUAUACAUUCUCAAAAUAAAUACAUGCAAGAAUUCGUUAAACUACUUGGUUUAGAACAUAAAUCAUUUAAUGAUCAAAAAACAAGUAUUUGGAAUGGCAAUGAAAUUGUAUUUGAAGAAAGUAAAUGGGAAUUAUUAUCACUAAUUAAAUUAAUGUAUAGAUAUGGUAUUCAACCAUUUAGUCUGAAUAGAUAUAUAACUUCUAUAAUAAAUAAUUUUGAAAAAAUAUAUCAUCUGCAAGAUAGUGGGAAAACUUUUACAAAUAUUAGUAGCUUUUUGUUAUCUAUAAAUACUGAAUUUCCAAAAUUGGUACAAAAAUCUAUUAAAAAUGAGCUUUUAGAUCUUGGUUAUUCAGAAAAAAUUAUUAAUGAAAUUGUUAAAACAACAUUGGUAGUAAACUAUGGACAAGAUAUAAAUGUUCAUAGUUUUGUUGGUUUUGUAUCUUUAGCUGGAGCAAAUUUUAAUUUAUGGUCUGUUAAAGGGGGAAAUAAAAAGGUACCUGAGCACUUAAUAUAUAGAAAUAAGCAUUUAAAUGUUGUGCCUUCACAUGUAAUUAAAAUUAUUAACAUACCACAGAAUGAUACUCAAAAUCUAUAUGAAGUACAUUAUUGCAAUCAAGAUAGUACAAUUAUAAUGAAAGCAAUGUAUGAUAUUGUUAUUUUGGCAAUUCCACUUACUCAUGACCAAGAAUUUCCUAUUAUUUUUGAAGGAUUUCCAGAAAAUGAUUUUUACAGCUUUGAAAAAUAUCAUGAAACUAUAGCUACAUUUGUUAAAGCAGAUUUAAAACCACAUUAUUUUGGUUUGCAAGAAGAAUUAGAUAUUUUAAGUUGUGAUCCUAACAAAACUAUAAUUAAUUCUAUAGGAAGAUUAAAUUCUGUAGAUGGUAUAAUAAAAAAUAGUAAAGUUUGGAAAAUAUUUAGCAACAAACCAUUAAAAUCAAAAAUUAUAAAUGAAAUGUUUUCAAAUGUUCAGGAAACAAAGCAGAUUUUUUGGAAAGCAUAUCCUGAAUAUUCAACUAGAAUUCAUGAAGCAAAAUUUAAAUUACAUGAUGCUCUUUAUCAUGUUAAUGCUAUUGAAUGGAUUGCUAGUGCAAUGGAAAUGAGUGCAAUAGGUGCAAGAAAUGUUGCAUUAUUAGCAUAUCAAGAUUUUUUUACAAAAUAUUGUUUUGAAAAAAUUAUAAAAACAAGUUCAUCUGAAAAAACAUCACACACUGAGUUAUGAUAUAAAAUAUUAUUAAAAUAUUGUUGUAUGUAUUAUAAAAAAUUUAUAAUUUUCAUAAAAAAUUAUAUGGAAAAAUGUGAAAAAUGUAUAUAUAUAUUUUAUACAAAAUAUUAUUAUAAUGAUAUUAAUAAUUAUUAAAUAUGUAUUAAUUUGUAUUGUCUAUAUAAAAUGAAUUAUAUAUGAAAAGCGUAUUAGAAAAAUAAAUUUACCAACAAAUUCUGUUUCAUUCA